GACGUAAUCUCCGUUCCCCUACCUCCGUGUUGCACGUGUGUUUACAAAAAAUGUGGACGAUUGAGCUGAAUCAGUGAUAGUAUUAAUAUUAUUUAAACACAGUUGCUCUUGACCGGAUUAAACAUGGGGAAGCUUAAUGUCGUGGUGUUGAGAUACUUAACUCGAGAUGACUUCCGGGUCCUCACAGCGGUUGAGAUGGGGAUGAAGAACCAUGAGAUCGUCCCAGUGAGUCUCCUGUCCUCCAUCGCUAGCCUUAAACACGGCGGCUGCAACAAGAUCCUCAGAGAGCUCGUCAAACACAAGCUUGUGGCCUAUGAACGCAGCAGGGCUGUGCAGGGUUACAGGCUGAACAAUGGAGGAUAUGACUACUUGGCUCUGAAGACCUUGUGCUCCAGAGAAGUGCUCAUUUCAGUUGGAAACCAGAUGGGUGUUGGUAAAGAGUCUGAUAUUUAUAUUGUGGCGAGUCCCAACGACGAGCAGUACGCUCUGAAGCUUCACAGGUUGGGUCGUACCUCCUUCAGGAACCUGAAGAACAAGAGAGAUUAUCACCAGCACAGGAAGAACGUGUCCUGGCUCUACCUCUCUCGGCUUUCUGCCAUGAAGGAGUAUGCCUACAUGAAGGUAUUGUACGAACGGGGCUUUCCCGUUCCCAAACCUGUGGACUAUAACAGACAUGCAAUAGUGAUGGAGUUCAUCAAUGGAUAUCCGCUGUGUCAGGUGCAUAAGCUGGAGGAUCCAUCACACCUGUAUAAUGAGUUCAUGGAGCUCAUUGUCAAACUGGCCAAUCACGGCCUGAUCCAUGGAGACUUCAACGAGUUCAACCUCAUGCUGGACGACCACGACCACAUCACUAUGAUCGACUUUCCUCAAAUGGUGUCCACCUCGCAUUUAAAUGCUGAAUGGUAUUUUGACAGAGAUGUCAAAUGCAUCAGAGAUUUCUUCGCCAGAAGAUACAAUUACGAGAGUGAGCUCUACCCAACAUUCAAAGACGUCAGGCGAUCUUGUUCUCUAGAUAUCGAAGUAUCAGCUAGCGGCUUCACCAAAGACAUGGAGAGAGAUAGUGCAUUGCUUCACCCAGCAGGGCCCGAUGAAGAGGACGACGAUGACGAGGAGGAGAGUGAUGACGAAGAGGCAACAGACGAGGAGGAAGAAGAGGAAGUGGACAUGGAUGAAUAUAAACAUGCAAUGCUGGAACUAGAAGGUCUGAAAAUCAGCGACCCCACUGCAGACAAACACGAAGAGCAGAGCGAGAAAGAGGAAGAACCAAAAGAGACUGAGACAACGCCGCCUGCUGUAGGAGAUGAAGAGGAAGAACCAAAAGAGACGGAGACAACAUCUCCUGCUGUAGGAGAUGAAGAGCCAGGGAAAGACUUGGAAAAAGAGUUGAGCGAGGCAGAGGAUGAGUGUACAGAGCUGGGAGACCUUUCUGCUGCUAACAAAGACUUCAAACCCUUCAGAGACUCAGACAGUCUUCUACAGAUGGCAGAGCACAUGAGGAGGAGGAGGACAGACAGCGAGGGCACGAUGGGCAGCAUGGGGAGCUGUUCUACAAUACCACUAGAGGUUGUCCGUCAGAAGGUGCGGAGGCAGCUCUCCAAACAGCAGAAGGCAUCGCAGAGGAGACGCCUGCAGAAGGGAGAGGCCAACCUGGUGACCAGUGUCAAGAGAGAGAACGACAGCAACAUCAAGUGUAGUAUGGAGUCCGACUCCUUCUGGGGAUAAAUGGCAGUCCAGAGAUGCACAGACCAGAUUCAUAUCAACAAGUCUGUUGCAUUGUCCCUGCUUCUGUGUCUGAUGAGUUGAAAACAAAUGAAAUUGGAUGGAAAAUCUCAGCAGGAGAGUUUCUGCAGCAAAUCAACUGUCCUGUACACAAAAGAAGACUGAAAACAAAGUGCAUGUAUUCAGCAAAUCAUCACACUGACCAGUAAGAAGACUUUUCUGUUUGAACUGUAGUGAACUACCUUGUUCAACAUACAGUGUAAUGUAAAUAUCAACUACUUUUAAUGAAGCUGUAUGUUUGAUAAUAAACCCAUUUAAACCUUACUGA